AUGUCGGAAUCAAAUGACUCCAAGGGCAAAAAACCCAUGCGUCCAGAGGACGAGACCCACCCCAAGCCCGUUGGCGGGGCCGAGGCAGACGCUGACGACGUCCCUUCCUCCGGCACGACGAAAAAGAUCCCCGCGAAAGUUGUCGAGUCAAUGCUGGAACAGAAUCCGGCACUGAAAAAAGAGCUCGCCGCGAUGGACAAGAACAAGGCCGCGGAGGCGCUGCAGAACAUGGAUAUCUCACAAUUACUCACUGGGCUGUCACUGGGAGGCAAGAACCAAAAGGAUAUGGCUUCGUAUAAGUUUUGGCAGACCCAGCCUGUGCCUCAUUUCGAAGACCAGGGGCGCCAGAAGCAGGUCACCCAGGGCCCGAUCAAGAGGAUCAACCCCGACGAAGUGUCCAAGACGCCGGACCCGCUCCUGGAGGGAUUCGAGUGGUGCACUCUGGAUCUGACCAACAACGAGGAGCUCAAGGAACUCUACGAGCUGCUGAACAACCACUACGUCGAGGAUGACAACGCCAUGUUCCGAUUCAGCUAUUCGCAGUCGUUCCUGCACUGGGCCCUGAUGUCUCCCGGCUGGAGGAAGGAAUGGCACGUCGGGGUACGGGCUACCAAGUCCCGCAAACUGGUUGCCUCGAUCUGCGGUGUCCCCACGGAGCUGCGCGUGCGGGGCGAGCGCAUCAAGGUCACCGAGAUCAAUUUCCUCUGUAUCCACAAGAAACUGCGCUCGAAGCGGUUGACGCCAGUCCUGAUCAAGGAGAUUACCCGGCGCUGCUACAUCAAUGGUAUCUUCCAGGCCAUCUACACCGGUGGCAUCAUCCUGCCCACCCCCGUCAGCUCCUGCCGGUACUACCACCGCGCGCUGGACUGGCUGAAGCUCUACGAAGUCGGCUUCUCGCCCCUGCCUCAUGGCUCGACCAAGGCUCGCCAGAUCACCAAGAACCACCUGCCCAACCAGACCGCCAUGCCCGGUCUGCGGCCCAUGGAAUCCAAAGACAUCGACGCCGUCUUUGAUCUGCUGGAGCGGUACAUGCGGCGGUUCCAGCUCAACCAGGCCUUCACGCGCGAGGAGAUCGACCACUGGCUGGUGCACAAGGACCUGCCCGCGCAGGAUCAGGUCGUCUGGUCGUAUGUGGUGGAGGACCCGGAGACGCACAAGAUCACGGAUUUUGUCUCGUUCUACAACCUCGAGUCAACGGUCAUCGACAACCCCAAGCACCAGGUCGUGCGCGCAGCGUACUUGUACUACUACGCGACCGAAACGGCAUUCACGGAGGACACGAAGGCGCUCAAAAAGCAACUGCUGGUGCUGAUCAACGAUGCCCUCAUUCUGGCCAAGAAGGCCAAAUUCGACGUGUUCAACGCUCUCACGCUGCACGACAACCCACUGUUCCUGGAGCAGCUCAAAUUCGGGGCGGGCGAUGGACAGCUCCAUUUCUAUCUGUACAACUACCGCGCGGCGCCGGUGCCGGGAGGGAUCAACGACAAGAACCUGCCGGAUGAGAAGCGCAUGGGCGGCGUUGGGAUUACCCGCGCUGCUGUCACCUCGCGUCUUGACCUGAACAAUGGGCGCAGGCCAGUCAGCGGAGCUCGUGCAUGGGGGUUCCCCAGGUCAGUCGAUGCUUGCCCUGCAAUUCCUGCUCAUAAAACAUGUCUUACCACCGGUGGACCCUAUGCGACCUUCUCCCCGCAUAUCCCCCCAUAUAUCACCAUCCAAUAUCUAAUCCCGUCCGCAGAGGAACUAAGCUACAUCCUCGCCGAACGCUUCGCCACGAAAUGUUUCACGCCGCUAGAGCUCACGCAUUUCAAAGACAACUUCUUUUUCCGCGCCUCCGAGCAGGGCGGUCUGCGCUACUGGAACGAGAAGACCCUCUCUGACUUUUUGGGCAUUCCCGAUGGCAGCUACUCCGCCGCGCACCAGUACCCGCUCGACGCGGGCCCGGUGCUCUUCCGCAUGGUCUCGUAUCUAGGCGCCUUUCCGUUUCAGAGUACCAUGGCGCCCAGCGUGCUCACUUUUGAGGCCAUGGUUAAGGUUGUCGUGCUGCUCACGGAGCGGUAUGGGAAGGUGCUGAAGCGGGGCCGCCGGGAUCGGAUCAAGUUGCUUUUUGGGAGCUUGGCAGAUGUGGGGAGGAAGGAUCUGGGGUCUUCGCCUGAUCGAGGGGCUGCGAAGGAAGGAGAUGGUAGUGGUGAAGAGGAGGAAGUGGAUGAAUCGGCUGCUGCGCACUCUCAUGCACCUGGUUUUGCGAUUGAUGAGCCUGGUGAUGAGGAAUAUGAUGAGGAUGAUGAAGAUGAUGAUCUGGCGCUUGCGGCAUUGGAGUCGCUGGAUGCCAUUGAGGUGUUUAAACAUGAUCACCGCAUUGAUAAGACGGUCUAUGAAACGCGCAUCUCGAUUGACACAUUCCGCCGACUGCUCAUGCUAUUACUAGCCAUUGCGCCUUUGAACUCGCUUGGAUCUGUCCGGACAUUUAUAUCGGACUUGCAUGAAGAACGGCUGGACGACAUCCAGAAACAGGCGGACAAUAUCAUCGCGGCCUUUUCUCCAGAGCAACACGACGGCGGAAUCUCCUACAAGGCUUUCGCCAGAACGAUCACGUCUUCGCUACCAUAUCUCUUCGAUCCAUUGACUCCGCUCUUCGAACACCUUCUCUUCAGCAAGAACCUGGACUUCUCCAAAAAACGGCAGAAGGAACCGUCACACCCUAUACAAGAUACAAUCGAGAAGAAAGAAGCAACUCCGCGACCAUCACCACUCCCAUCAAUCAUGCUCCCCGGCAGCUUCGAGUCCAGCAUUCUCAACCCAGCGCUGACCUCACACCUCUCCUUCUUCCUCUCAUCCACCUCCCCAUCCUUAAACCUCUUCCGCAGCGGUAUCCGCCUGCACCCCGUCUUCUCAACAACAGCCCACGGCUCCUCUCUCACCUCCUUCUCCCACCACGUCCUGACCUGGCAAUCCGCCACCCUCCUCAUCCUACACGGCGCUCCCCAAAACUCAUCCUCGUCCUCUUCCACCACCGACCUCGUCACCUUAGGCGCCUAUCUCCCCCAACCAUGGAAAUCGUCCUCCCACCACAGCAGCACAUCAAGCACCACCACCUCGGAUCCACCGCCGGUUCUCUUCCAACUAUCGCCAACCCACCUGCUCCUCCAGGGCAACACCUCGCCCUCAGUAAUCCAAAAACCCAACCUCCCACCCGCCUACUUCUCCACCCACACCGGCAUAGCGCUCGGCUGCCAAAUCCCCCCUUCCUCACGAAGCCACCACUCCCAGCCGACCCCACACGGCGCGGGCAGUCUCUCGAUAGACGUGAAUCUGGAAACAGCUGAUUUCAUCGCUCUGCCCGUCGGUCACGAUGGCGUCUUCUUACCAUCCGGUACGGCGUCUCCGUUUGACGAGCCCGUCAAAACGAGACUGGAUAUCUACGCCCUCGAGGUGUGGGGGGUUCUCCCGGACCCGGAACAGUCUUCUACAGAGGAGGCGAAUGCAGUGGAGAUCCAGCGCCGUAAGUGGGAAUUUGAAGCGCGGGAGGUGGAGAGGAGACGUAGUAUUAAUAUCAAGGCUGGGGCGGGUGAUCCGAAUCGGGAGAGUGCGCGGUGGUUGUUGGAGACGGCGGGGAUUAUUGGGGAUCAGCACGGGGGUUGGAGCCCUGGGGGAAGUGUGUGA